AGCGGUCGAUCCGUUCACUCCUGCGCUGCUCCCACUGCAGUUCCUCCCUGGCACAGAGGACCACACCGACCUGCCCGGCUCCAACCAGGACGGAGAAAUGAGCUCGUCCUCCGCCGUUCACAUCGCACUAACGUGAGCGCGUGUGACGGCUCUUCUUCACGGACACACACACACACACACACAUUCACACUCGCACACGCUCAUACAGAAGACCCGUACCGGUCUGCUGUUUACAAACCCCCCCAGCUCGGUGUCGGACAGUCCCACCCGCAGUCCCGGGACCAUGGCGGAGAGAAGUGGCCGGUUGAGUUUCCCCGGGAGCGGGGCUCUCAACAGACCCGUGCCCAUGAACCUGUUCGCAACGUGGGAGAUUGACGGAUCCUCCCCGAACUGCAUCCCGAGAUUGUGCAGUCUGACUCUGAAGAAGCUGGUUGUGAUGAGAGAACUUGAUAAAGAGCUGAUUUCUGUGGUCAUAGCAGUUAAGAUCCAGGGCUCCAAAAGGAUUUUGAGGUCCCAUGAGAUAGUGCUGCCACCCAGUGGGUCUGUGGAGACUGAUCUGGCUCUCACCUUCUCACUGCAGUACCCACACUUCUUGAAACGAGAAGGGAACAAGCUGCAGAUCAUGCUCCAACGGCGAAAGCGAUACAAGAACCGAACCAUCCUGGGCUACAAGACUCUCGCAGUGGGAUCUAUCGACAUGGCGGAGGUGAUGCAGCACCCGACAGAGGGAGGCCAGGUCCUCCCUCUCUGCAGCAACCAGAAAGACAUGCUGGGGAAGGUGGCAGAGAUCUGGAUCUUUUCCCUGUCCAGUCAGCCAAUAGACCACGAGGAGGCAGCUCUGCAGGGAGGACAGAAGAUCAAAUGCUCCGAUAACUACUCAGAGGAAGAGUACGAGAGCUUCUCCUCAGAGCAGGAGGCCAGCGAUGACGCCGUGCAGGGACAGGAUCUUGAGGACGACGAGUAUGAUGUGAGAAAGCCAAAGAAGCAGAGGAGGUCGAUCGUAAGGACCCCCUCCAUCACCAGACAGAACUUUAAGCAGCGAGUGGUGGCUCUACUGAAGCGUUUCAGAGUUUCAGAUGAGGUGCUGGACUCAGAGCAGGACCCAGCAGAGCCGCCUCCUGAGGUGGAGGAGGAGGACCUGGACCUGGACAGCGUAGAGUUUGAGAACCCCAGUGACAGUGGCCCAGAGCUGGAUGAUGACGACAGCGUCCUCAGUACGCCAAAACCCAAACUCAAGCCAUAUUUCGAGGGUCUCUCCCUCUCCAGCUCCCAAACUGAGAUCGGCAGCAUCCACAGCACGCGGAGCCACAGGGAGCCUCCCAGCCCGAUUGACCCAGAUAAAACCAAGAGUGGCGGCGCCAAGUUUCCAGAUGACAGUGUGUCUGAUAAUGUCUCUUUUGAGCAGCCGGAGGCGGUGACUCCGACCACAGAGCUGGAGAUGGACAACAUGGACACGUUUUUAGAGAGACUGCCACCAAGUGGCAAAAUGACCAAGACGGAGUCCCUUAUCAUUUCAUCCAACAGGCAGGAACCAAAGUUGGCUGGUAGGCGAGGCAGGAGCACGUCACUGAAGGAGCGCCAGCCCAGCAGGCCGCAGAACGAGAGGGCCAACAGCCUGGACAAUGAACGGUCCCUGGACACACGCUGCCACCUACAGAUCCCAAGAAAGACAGUGUAUGACCAACUAAACCACAUCCUGGUGUCUGAUAACCAUCUCCCUGACAGCAUCAUCCUCAUCAACACAUCAGACUGGCAGGGCCAGUAUCUUUCAGAUAUGCUUCAAAACCACCAUCUACCUGUGGUCUGCACCUGCACCACAGCAGACAUCCAAGCUGCGUUCAACACCAUCGUCUCCCGCAUCCAGAGAUUUUGUAACUGUAACUCCCAGACGCCCAUUCCCAUAAAGAUAGCUGUUGCUGGAGCGCAGCACUACCUCAGUGCAGUUCUGAGGCUUUUUGUGGACCACCUUUCCCAUAAGACCCCUGACUGGCUCGGAUACAUGAGGUUCCUCAUCAUCCCUCUAGGUGCACAUCCAGUCUCCAAAUAUCUCGGCACUAUUGACUAUCGAUACAACAGUUUGUUCCAAGACGCUGCCUGGAGAGACCUGUUUCACAAGCCUGAAGCUCCUGUUGUUGCCCAGGAAAACCCAGAUGUGGUAUCGAGGGUAACUCAGUACAUGGUGGGAGCUAAUGGAGCUCACCAGCUCCCCAUCGCAGAGGCCAUGCUCACUUACAAACAGAAGAGGAAAAAGAGCUUUCAUUUUGAUUUUGCAGUAAGCCCUGAUGAGGACUCGUGUCAGAAGUUCAUCCCUUUCAUUGGGAUGGUGAAAGUUGGCAUCGUGGAGCAGACGUCAGCAACGUCAGGAGACUCUGAUGAUGCUACACCUCUGGUCUCCUCGCUGCUCUCCUCCACCCCUCCACAAAUAUCACCUGCACUCAAAGAGGCAUCGCCCACCCCACCCUCCUCUCCGUCUGUCAACACCAGCUUCUGUGCUUACAGUUCUGGCAGUCAGGCAGAGCUGAUGGGGCUUCAGGUGGACUACUGGGUGGCUCCGACAGAAAGGAAGAAAGACGUGGAGAAGCGGGACUCCUCCGCCAAAAACACUCUGAAGUGCAAUUUCCGCUCGCUGCAGGUCAGCCGGCUGCCACUGGGGGGCGCUGAGCCAAGCCCCCAGCCCACCAUGUCCAUGACGGUGGUGACCAAGGAGAAGAAUAAGAAGGUCAUGUUCCUGCCAAAAAAGAGCAAAGACAAGGAGGUGGAGUCGAAGAGUCAAGUGAUCGAGGGCAUCAGCCGGCUCAUCUGCACUGCCAAGCACCAGCAGACCAUGCUGAGAGUGCUGAUUGACGGCGUCGAGUGGAACGAUGUCAAGUUUUUCCAGCUGGCGGCACAGUGGUCCUCACACGUCAAACAUUUCCCCAUCGGGAUCUUUGGACACACAAAAGGCCCGUACUAAGCAGCACCUAAGAGACUGAAACACUGAGGAGAGGACAGCCUCCCCCCCUCCCUUCCCCUCUCCCUUGUGCCAACAGUUUUUAACCCCCUCCACCCCACUUUCCCCCCCUGCACACUUCUUCUAUUCUGCUGUCUUAAUUUAAGCUCCUGCUUUCCACUGUUUGCAUUCGUCUGAUUAUUUAAUCUUUUGCGUGUUUUUUUAAUUUUCUAUUUAUGUAAAAAAUGUCUCGAGGCAAAGCUGCCGAGGGAAUAUUUCUUUACUCUGCUUUUUAAAAGAAAAAUCCUGCUGAUGUUUUAUAGACUUUUGAGAAAAAAAAGCCUAAUUAAAUAAUAAUUAGAAAUUACUUCUAACCUUUGACAUACUGUACGAGUGCCCAGGUUUCACCCUCAGCCAUCAUGUUUUUUAAUUUGGUGAGGUUUCAAGCACUUGGCCAGCACAAAUAAUCAAGAAUAUAUAUUAAAAAAGCAAGAGCAGCUGCCUUGUAAUGAAGUGGAAGAGGUGAUGUUCAUCUUAUUUUCUAACCACAAUGAAGAAAUUUUGGAUUCUGAACUGCAGAGACUGUUGUCGAUUCGCCAUCUUAACCCUGAGGAAGAAAAAAUAAAUGGCCCCUGACUUUUGGCCCUCUGCACUAAAUGAAGAAGUCUAAUGUGCAAUAGACUGGAUACCGUGUGAAUGCGAUUAUGAAUAAUAACCUGGCACUGUUAGAAGAUUACACACUGCUCUUAGUUGUGAUUUUCACUCUACGUAAUCCCCUCUCUUCUUUAUUCUCUCCUCCUGGUCAACUGGCUCAAGGUUUGAAGAGUUUUGCUCCAAAAUUAGACCAAAAAAAAAAAAAAAGAAAAAGAAAAUAAAGUUAAAAAACACCUGCCUUUUAGAAAAUUAUUAAUAGCACAAAAUUAACUCCUUUUUAGGUGGUAAUGCAAACAUAACAGAAUAUAUUAAUAUUUUGGUAAAUUCGCUUAUUUGCUUUCUUGCCAAGAGUUAGAUGUGAAGAUCUGUAGAGUAAAUAUGAAGCUACAGUUAGCAGCUAGCUUAGCUCAGCUUAGCAUAGCUAGCCUGGAUCUGUCUGAAGCUAACAAAAUCUGCCUACCAGCGCCUUCAAACCUCUCUCAAUUAAAAGUUUCUAGUGUGUUUAAUUUGUACAAAAACUGAAGAAGAAAAAUGGCAAGUAGGGGCUUACACUCCAUUUUUUGUACAAAUUAGAUAAUAUAUAUAUAUUUUUAUCUUCAGAUGGAGCUAUGCUAGCAGUUCCAGGUCUUGAAACUAUGCUAAGCUAACCAGCUGCUGGCUAACAGCUAGCCUGGCACUGAUCAAAAGUAACAAAAUCUGCCUACCAGCAUCUCUAAAGCUCACAAAUUAAGACAUUAUAUCUCAUUUAUUUAACGUGUACAAAAACUGAGCCAGACUAGCUGUUUCCAGUCUGAGCUAAGCUAAGCUAACUGGCUUAGAGCUAUGAGAGUGGCGUCCAUCUUCUCAUCUCACUCUCAGCAAGAAAGUAAAUACUUUUCCUGUAAGCGUGGUUUAUAAAAUGAAAUAAAUUUUACAGGGUGGCUCCUCUAUUUUGGAAAAACUCUUCUUCCUCUAGCCCCACACUCCUCCACCACACUCCGUAUCUUUUGCUAAAAGCAAACGUUACUUUUGCCAAAGGAAAAUACUCAUCAACUGCAGCUCCCUCAUUACCUGUGUGGUAUUAUAGAUGACUUCAUAAUGUAGAGGUGAAUGUAUUGAAGGUACCUUAAUGUAAAGCACUUUUAAAUGUUUGUCCAUUAUAGAUUUUAGUGUGUUAAACCUGUCCCCGGGAACCUGCAGGUACGACUGGCUGUGGUUCACAGAGGCACAUAGAGACACUGUGUUUGUCAUUAUAUCUGAGGUCAACAACAGCACAAACAGUGGUGACGUGGCAUAUAAGUCCAUAUGCAAAGUAAACCAAGCAUCUGUAUCUUCUCAGUGCUGUUUAAUAUCACUUUACGCUCUGUGUGAAGCCUCGUUGGACUAUGUUAGACUUUAGUUUAAUAUUCUGUAAGGUUAGCCUAGAACGUGUAUGUGAUGUUAACAUUUCAAAAGUAGAUUUUUGCUCAAUCCUUAUUUGACUAUGAAGCAUAAAACUAAAAAGUAUUUUGCUUAUAAAAUUUCUUUCAGUAGCAGUUUCAUUAUAACCAUUGCCAAUUUCUUGAUAAGUGCCUAAAUUGCUUAAUUUUGACAAAUCAAUAUAAACAAACAUCCCUGGCUGACAUGGUGCUGAUUCUGGUCCAACAACAACAUAAAAUAUCUCAAUACAGUGCACUGAUUUUUGCAGUCAAGCCUGUUUGUUGGAGGGAGGGAAAAUCACACUCUGGCCAGUUGACUCUCAAACACUUGGGUUUGAAUUAAUUAAAAAAAACACUGCAGUCCAUUCAUGUUGAGCAUAUGUUUGUUUCUCUAUAUAGAAGAUGUUUUAGAUGUUUUUGUUUGGUUUCUCAUGUUGUCUCAGAGAAAGGCUUGUUGAUACUGUUCCCCUAAAGACUACCACUGUAAUCCCAAAAACUGGGAGUAAUAAAACUACUAUACGCACUAAAAUGUA